AUGUCACGACCCUUUUCCAACCUCCAACCUCAUGCGCGCGACUCCUUAGAACUGGCCAGUCUGGCCUCGAGUUCCCCCGGUGCACGAACAUCCUCGUCCUCAUCACGAUCCGGAAUAUCAUCCUCGAGGAAGCUUUCCCUAGAGGCAGACGACCCUCUUGAUGCACGGAAUCCAGCUGCGAAUACUAGAGAGAAUCGGUCCUACUCCAAUUCCUCAGUCUUCGACUUCACAUCGAACCUCUAUCCUCUCUCCUCCACAUCUGAGAAUGGCUAUGCGCCGAUUGGAGCCCCUAUAUCUUCUUCGAAUGGGCAGACGACAUUAGGGGGAGGGUCGCUGGAGAAGCACAAGACGUUGACAUAUCUGAAUGGACUGUCGCUGAUAGUGGGAUUGAUAAUUGGGUCUGGAAUCUUCUCGUCCCCCAGCCAGGUCAACGCCAAUGCUGGAUCACCGGGAGCGUCGUUGAUAGUAUGGACAAUUGCGGGCAUAUUGGCAUGGACGGGGGCGUCUAGUUAUGCAGAGUUAGGAGGAGCCAUACCGCUAAAUGGAGGAGCGCAGGUGUAUCUUUCCAAGAUCUACGGAGAGCUGUCCGGCUUCCUGUUUACGUGGUCUGCAGUAAUGGUAUUGAAGCCCGGUUCGAGCGCCAUCAUAUCUAUAAUCAUGGGAGAAUAUCUUGUUCGAGCAGCCAUUGGAGCAGAGGCAGAGAAUGUUAAUUCUUGGAUCAACAAAAGCGUGGCGUUGGUUGGAUUAUUCGCGGUCACAUUACUGAAUUGCAUAUCGACGAAACUCGGGACGAAGAUGGGAGACAUGUUUAUGUUCUUCAAGUUUGUUGCAUUGCUUGGUGUUACGGUUGUCGGCAUAGUGGUUGCACUUACUGGAUUCUCGAAUUCUGGAAGUGCGAAUCAGGAUUGGAAGGAUAAGGGAUGGUUUGAUGGGACGAGUACGAGUGCUAGUUCUUGGGCUGUUGCUCUUUAUGCUGGACUCUGGGCUUUUGAUGGAUGGGAUAAUACCAACUAUGUUGUAGGAGAAUUUCGAAACCCAAGCAGAGAUCUACCCCGCGUUAUUCAUACCGCAAUGCCUCUGGUCAUUCUCUCAUACCUCCUGGCAAACGUCGCAUACUUCUUCGUCCUGCCUCUGAAGACCAUCAACCACUCGAACACAGUCGCUGUAAUGUUUGGCAAUAAAGUGUUUGGACCAAUUGGAUCUCUCAUCUUGGCCUUGAUCGUCUCAGCAUCUUGCUUUGGGGCUCUGAACGCCACAACCUUCACAUCUGGACGAUUGGUAUAUGUGGCUGGAAAAGAAGGACUGCUUCCAGCAGUGUUUGGAAAGAUCGGUCUUGGAAGUAGUGCGGAACCUAAUAUCAACACCCUCCGAACACGAAAUUGGGCAUCGAAGACUCUAGCCCGUAUGUUUGGUGAUGAGGAAACAGGACUAUUCUUUACGCCAAUCAACGCCAUGAUUCUCAACGCCGCUUUGACAGCAGGAUACAUCCUCGUGGGCGAGUUUGGAACUUUGGUCACAUUCUACGGCGUGGCAGGCUACACAUUCUAUUUCUUUACUGUCCUCGGGCUCAUCAUCCUUCGAGUUCGAGAACCCAAUCUAGAGAGACCGUACAGGACGUGGAUCACGACGCCAAUUAUCUUCUGCUGUGUGAGUCUGUUCCUGUUGAGUCGGGCUGUGUUCGCAGAGCCAUUGCAGACGGUGAUUGUGGUGUUGUUUAUUGGUGCUGGGGUGCCGAUUUAUUAUUGGAGGAUACGAGGGAGGGAUCAGGGGAGUAAGAGGGAGAGGGGGGAGGAGGAGAUUGGGUGGAAGUUUUGGAAGAGGUGGCAGAGGUAG